AUGAGCUUCAGCACACAGCAGCGUCCCAUACUCACGGCGCUGAACUUCAGGGAGGUUCUUCAUGCUUAUGCCCAAUGGACCGUCCGGGAAUUUAUGAACCCUGACAGCACCGCCGACGUCCGUAGAGGCCAUGCCACUCAAAGCACGCGUGGUGCGCUUAGCGUCGGAGCUUCUGGCACAGAAAUCUGCCUGCCUCAGCCGGACGAUCGGACAAGCCCUCUGGUCAUGUACGAGAUCGGAGUUUUCGACGAGAUGGUGUUUAAGGCGGAGGCCCCGGCGCCGCUGAGAGACCAGGAUUCGAAGGAGGCUGCGCUGGUGGUGACGGCUGGGUUGCAUGCCUGGCAGCAGCUUCACCCUCCUCCCAUGUAA